CACUGAGCAAAUUUCAGAAAAUGGAGCAAAGUACUGCGGUGCCAGCCCAGAAACACUGGGAUAAGCCAAGAGAAUUCCAUAUAGCCUGUGGUCCGGAUUCAUUAGCUACGGAUGCCUCUAAGCAAACAACCGUCAGCGUUAGCUUCCUCUUACCAGAUAUCACCGACACAUUUGAAGCCUUCACAUUGAACCUUCUGUCUUCCCUCCUGAUUUCUGGGCCCAAUUCCCCAUUUUACAAAGCUUUAAUUGAAUCUGGACUUGGUACAGACUUUUCUCCUGAUGUUGGAUAUAAUGGCUACACGAGGGAAGCCUACUUCAGCGUUGGUCUCCAAGGGAUCUCGGAGAAAGAUGUCAGGACAGUCAAAGAGCUCGUAGACAAGACCAUUGAAGAAGUCAUUGAGAAAGGAUUUGAAGAUGACCGGAUUGAAGCUUUACUUCAUAAAAUCGAAAUACAGAUGAAGCAUCAGUCUACCAGCUUUGGACUUGCCCUGACGUCAGUAUGUGUCUUCUUGGUCGCUUUUGCUUUUG